GUCAUGGGGACUCCGUGGUCGUUGGCUGGCGUGUAUUCCUCCGCGCAGGUUCCGCCAUCUACCAUCUUGGUUGGUGCAGUGUGAGAGCGAACUCGCUGUAAAUCGCGUGCGUGUCCUACGUUUAUAUAGACAGCCAUGGCACUUAAAAGAAUUAAUAAGGAGUUGCAGGACCUCGGGCGGGACCCACCAGCACAAUGUUCAGCAGGUCCAGUAGGUGAUGACCUGUUUCAUUGGCAAGCCACUAUCAUGGGUCCACCAGAGAGUCCAUUCCAGGGAGGAGUAUUUUUCCUCACAAUACAUUUCCCCACCGACUACCCCUUUAAACCCCCAAAAGUCGCUUUCACAACCCGCAUCUACCACCCAAAUAUUAACAGCAAUGGUUCAAUAUGUUUGGACAUUCUCAGGAGCCAAUGGAGUCCAGCCUUAACUAUUUCCAAAGUGCUCCUCUCAAUUUGUUCACUACUGUGUGAUCCAAACCCGGACGAUCCACUGGUGCCAGAGAUUGCGCGAAUGUACAAGACAGAUAAGGUCAAGUAUGAAGAGUUGGCCAGAGAAUGGACCAGGAAAUAUGCUAUGUGAUCCCCCAGUGGCAGAGUGGUGGAGUGCGGCCAAGCCCAGACCCCGCCUCUGCCAUAGCACCACCACUACCACCCUGACCGCCAUUGCCGUUGCCAUCGGUCUGACUGCUGCUGCUGCUGCUGUUGUUGCUGCUGUUCCUUCUCUCUUCAUCCUGGUUAUGUUGAAAAUCCAAACAAACUUUUGACUCUCACCCUUCACUAAUUACUACUCUACUGUCUGGUGAAUAGCUACACCGUCACCUCGAUGGUUCAUCACUACACUAUCACAUUUGGCCAGCAGCCUUUCAUUUGGCACAGAAUAAAUAUAAAUACAUUGUGGACUGAGUCAGGGCCUUAAUCAUUCAUCCGCAAUUUCCCCAAAUAAAGUGCCACUGCCAUCAGCGGCUCCUCUUUGUACCUAGGAUCUAUUGUGUAAAAAUGUAAACAAGGAAGUGCCACCUCCUCCACCGUUGCAAAAUAUCAUGCUUGUGUUAGUUUGGGUAAUACUUGGGUCAAUUUGGUAGUGUGUGGCCAGUUGACAUUUUAAUGGUUGGGGAAGAAGAGAGAGACUUUCAAGGGACUGGAGCCCUCUUAGCCAACAAUUACCAGUGCAACUUGAUUAGUCUUCAUUCACCCACUGUAACACAUCUUUUAUUACUCAUGUCUGUGUGUCCCGAGCCAACCUGCUUUGUUCUCUAGUGAUGAAAGAAUUGUGAUUUUA